AUGGCAUCAACCAGUAAAACACCUCUACAAGCAAGGAAUCUGCCGUGGGUGGAAAAGUACAGACCUCAGAAAUUGGAUGAUUUGAUUUCCCAUCAAGACAUUCUGUCAACCAUUCAGAAGUUUAUCAAUGAAGAUCGCCUACCACACCUCCUGUUCUAUGGGCCCCCUGGAACAGGGAAGACCUCAACCAUUUUAGCCUGUGCUAAACAGCUGUACAAGGACAAAGAAUUCAACUCCAUGGUCCUAGAGCUGAACGCCUCUGACGACCGGGGGAUUGACGUGGUACGAGGACCGAUCCUCAGUUUUGCCAGUACAAGAACCAUAUUCAAGAAAGGUUUUAAGUUGGUUAUCCUGGACGAAGCUGACGCUAUGACCCAGGAUGCACAGAAUGCUUUAAGGAGAGUCAUUGAGAAGUUCACGGAAAACACCAGGUUCUGUCUGAUCUGUAACUACUUGUCCAAGAUUAUUCCGGCUCUGCAGUCCAGAUGCACGCGGUUCCGGUUCGGCCCGCUCUCCCAGGCCCAGAUGAUCCCCAGGCUGGAACAUGUCAUCCAGCAGGAGAACAUUGACAUCACACCAGAUGGUAUGAAAGCAGUCGUGACCCUGUCAGCCGGAGAUAUGAGGAGAUCACUGAAUAUUUUACAGAGCACCACUAUGGCCUAUGGAAAGGUGACUGAGGAGACGGUUUACACUUGUACGGGUCAUCCACUCAGAUCUGACAUCGCUAACAUACUGGACUGGGCCCUGAAUAAGGAUUUCACUACGGCCUAUAACCAAAUCCUUCAGCUUAAGACACUGAAAGGUUUGGCGUUACACGACAUUUUGACAGAAGUCCAUCUGCUCAUCCACAGAGUGGACUUUCCACCCAAAAUCCGAAUUAACCUCCUCGUUAAACUGGCAGACAUUGAGUACAGACUGGCCUCCGGAACCAGCGAGAAGAUCCAGCUGAGCUCUAUGGUAGCAGCGUUCCAGGCAGUGCGAGACAUAGUGGCCAGCGACGGCUAG